AUGAAAUUCUCACUUGCUGACAAGAUUGCCGAAACCCGCUUGCGGCCAAAUUGCCAGGACGUCUUCAACGCCAGUCUUGUAUACGACUGUUUGACAAGUGUUCCCUUCAACGCAGCCGUUGCCACUCGAUUUAUCGCCUAUUGGAACGACACCCUUCGAUUCCAAAGCACUCUGGCAUAUCUGAAGAAUCCACCGGCGGACUAUCAGCAGCCAGCAGUAGACCUACUUGCUGGCUUGUCUGAAUUACAAAACGCUGUCAACAAUGGUGCUUUCAAGAACCAAUACGAAUUCGAAGUGGCUUUGCAGCUCCUCUUGGUCUCAGCCCACGAUGCACAUCUCUAUGUGAACGCUGGCAUUCUCGCUGCAUUCACGUUUGCGAGCCCGUAUGACAUUGUGUCAUUGUCCUCUGACGGGAUCGAGCUUCCCAAAGUGUACUUGGCUGCGGAUGUCUACAAUAGCAACUCCUUCACCACGUAUCAGCCUUCAGCUGUCAAGUCCAUCAACGACCAAGAUGUGACAACUUACCUCGACGCAUUCGCCACAAACAACUCGUACGGCAGCACAGAAGCACACGCGGACUGGAAUCAGUUGAUGCUCAGUGGUGCACAAGACGUGCAGGGAUACUUCAAUUCCUUCAGUGGCAACACUCUUUUCUAUCCCGGGGACAACAUUUCGUUCACAUUUGAGAAUGGAACCACAAUCACCGACAAGUACCUGGGUGUCUACUGGAGCCAGGGCCCAACUGGGCCGCUGGCAACAGGCGGCGACUUCUACAACUUCUUUGUCCUGGGAUUCUGGCCGGCGUCGUACGAUCCCAGCUCAGACGACGAAGGUGCAGACGGCAUCGCAUCAGCCACGGGGUCGUUUUCCAGCGCGACGGCGGCGGCGACGGCGACAGGCACAGCCACCAUAAGUAGUACAUCAACACCAACAGGGUGGGGGAGCGGCGAAUUCUGGUAUCCUCCUGCUGCUGAUGUUGCUCAGCCAGACCUUGGCACCUACGGAGGAGGCUAUAUCACAGGAUAUCUAUUGAACACGUCCGCCGCAUCGGUCCUCAGUAUACCAAGCUUUGACAUGUUUGGGGACGCACUCUCCACGGCUCAGACAGCAGUGGACCAGUUCAUCAACAUGAGCAAGUCAGGCAACGUUGAGAAGAUAGUCAUCGAUCUCCAACAAAAUACUGGUGGAGAGGUGUUGCUCGCCUUCGACGUGUUCAAGCGCUUUUUCCCCAACAUCGACCCCUAUGGUGCGUCUCGCAUGCGAGCUCACCACGCCGCAGACGUCAUGGGCAAUUCCUUGACAGAGUAUUACGCUGGGUUGUCGACAUCGAGCCCGGAUUAUGAGGCGCUCGCAGCUGAUGAAUGGAUCGCGACUCCCCGGAUCAAUGCUGAAACGAACGUUAAUUUUACGUCUUGGGCGGAGUUCUAUGGCUCUAAUGAGUACAACGGAGAUAGCUUCACGGCGAAACAACGAUACAACCUGUCCAGCGAAGUCUUCACAUCAAGCGCAAUUGGGGAAGAAUACGACAGCUUUGCCGUAUACAGUCCAGCUCCGCAGGCGAGCCCUCCAUAUCCUGCCGAGGAUAUUAUUCUGGUAAGCAUCUCAGUGUCUGGACCAAUGCAGGGCGUGUCAGCAGGCCGCGGAGCGCGGUCGUACAGCUUAUCGGUCCUCGAUGCGAACAUCGGCUUUGCGCAGGACCUUCUUACAUCUGCGGGCUCGCCUGGAGCAAACUUCCUCCCCAACCGCAGUACCGCCAACGACGUCUAUAUUGUCGACGCGGGUGUCAAUCUGCGGGAUCAAGUGCGGCAGGAUGAUGAGACUCCACUUCAGUUCACAUACGAGGCAGCAGAUUGCCGUAUAUUCUGGACCCCAAAGACGAUAUUCAACUAUGCGGCUCUAUGGCAGUACGCUGCCGACGCCAUCUGGAGCAAUGCGACUCUGUGUGUUUCUGGAUCAACGGGAUACUCCAGCAACGGGUCGCAGGCCGCAGCUGGCGAGUCCCCGGCAUCACCUGAGCCGUCGUCAAAAACAUCGCCGUUCAACAUGACGGAUUACUUAUCGUCUCUGAGCAACCAGACCCCUGCAUUUGACUCAAGCCCUCUCGAAGACGGUCUUUCAGCUGGAGGCGGUGUCUACGGGCGCGGCCGCAGCGCCACUUUCAGGGACUGCAGCGUAGAUUCAAAGGGCUACUACUACUGCAGCCAAGGGUACCAGUGCCAGAAUGUGCAGCGCUGCUCGCACGGCCUGCGGUGGGGGCAGGUGCAAUUCAAAACAGGUGUCGAGCACAAUAGGACAGCAAAAUAG